AUGGCUCAGCGCUUUGGUCGCCUCGCUUCUCUCUACGUAGAUGGCUACUGCUCCGCUUGGAUAUGGAGCACCACGGAGGAGCUCGCCGCUGGGCCUGAUUUUCAGCACGCGUUGUGCGUCCCGUGCUGCGCGGCCCACCUCGAGUUCCCCCUAUCCAUCCAUCAUCCAGUCCACGUCCUCCGCCACCAGCGCAGUAGCCAGCCGAGCCACCUCACCCCACCUCGCCGCUCGCGAUGGCGGUCAUGCGCGUCGCGGUGGCCGCCGCACUCCUGGCCGCGCCGCCCUCCUCCCGCCGCCGCCGGGCCGUGCUCCCCUCCUCCUGCCGGCCUCUCCCCACCUCCCGCGUGUCCAAGGCGCUGCACGCCGCCGCCCCCCGCCGCAGGCGCGGUCGACGAGGAGACCCCCGCCGCGUCGCCUUCCUCAGAUUCUAGCAAGGGAGUGGAGAACUUGGUGAUCAUUGGUUCCGGCCCGGCCGGGUACACUGCUGCAAUCUACGCUGCCAGGGCAAACCUGAAGCCCGUCGUGUUCGAAGGUUACCAGGUGGGUGGUGUCCCUGGUGGGCAGCUGAUGACCACGGCCGAGGUGGAGAAUUUCCCUGCACAAGGGGAGGGGAGGGUGACGGGAGGGUUUCGUGGAGGUCGAGCUGCCGCGCCGCCUUCGUGUCCGAUGGUUUGCGCGGGGGACGCCGCGCCGGAAGGCCGCCGGAUCCACCUCGCCGCCGCUCCCGUUCCCUUCUGAGCCUCGGCGGCGAUGGCGCUCCAGACGGCCAGGCGGCGACGGACGCUUCUGCCAACUCCAUAAAUCUGGCCCAAAGCCCAUCAUCACUACGGGGCGCGGAGAGGCGCGCGGCCCACCUAGUGACCCUAUUAUCUAUCCUGGGCAGCGGCACCGUGCUGCAUGCCGCUCAGAAUUUGCUGCUGUGAAAUUGUCCAUUGUUCUGCGAAGUGUCAAUCAAAGAUCGUAACCUCCUCGCGUCGGGGCCGCGUCUCCGUGACGAGAUCUUUUCCCUC